GGCCUCGAACUUCUUCUUGAACCUGCGCUCUGACUUGCCGCCAGACUAACAAGGCAGCUCCAAACCAUACAUCACAUACCGUGUGCGUUUAGAGCAACCAGAGGUCGGAGGUCAGAAGACAUAAAGGUCCGGGGAAGAUCACAAUGCCGCCAUCUGAGACAGUGGAGGACGGAUGUCCGCAACCGACUUUCCAGGGCCGCCUCAAGCUCGAAAGCUUCAUGUUCAAUGGUGGUGCGACCGCUGGCGGGCUGCGGCGAAGCCCGCGCCUAUCGGUCACACCGUCGGCGACGGCCAGCCCUCCCGCGCCAUCGCCCAUCCCGACAUCUCGUUCACCGGCCAAGCGCAAAGCGCUUUCUCUCGCUGGCGACGGCGUCGACUCAUCGCCCUCGGCCUCCUCCUCAACUCCCUCCUCUCCUUCCUCCCGCCUCAAGAAGAAACGCGCCCGCCAAAGAUCUGGGUACGCCCCGCCUUCGACGUACGCCCACCUCCCCCUCCUCCCCGACGCCAUCGCGCCGAACCUGCUCGUGCUCUUCGUCGGCCUGAACCCCGGCAUAGAGACCGCGCGCACGGGACACGCCUAUGCGCACCCGACCAAUCUCUUCUGGCGGCUGCUGUACUCGUCCGGCGUGACGCCGCGCCUGUGCUCGCCGACCGAGGACCGGCAGAUGCCGGCACUGUACUCCCUCGGACUGACCAACAUCGUCGCGCGCCCCAGCAGGAACGGGGCCGAGCUGAGCAAGGCAGAGAUGGACGCCGGCGUGGAGAUCCUCGAGGAGAAGGUCCGCCGGUGGCGGCCCGAGGUGGUCUGCGUGGUGGGGAAGAGCAUCUGGGAAAGCCUCUGGCGGGUGAGGCAUGGGCGGGCGAUCAAGGCGGACGAGUUCAGCUACGGAUGGCAGGAUGAGCGGGAGAACUUGGGGCUUGUGCAAGGCGGGGUGCAGAAGGAGGAGGAAAAAGAGACAGGGGUGGACUAUAGCGCGGAUUGGAAAGGGGCGCGCAUAUUUGUGGCGACCAGCACGAGCGGGUUGGCGGCAACGUUGAGACCGAAAGAGAAGGAGGAGAUCUGGAAGAAACUGGGCGCCUGGGUCGAGGAAAGGAGGGCUCAGAGGGCCCAGGCUGCAGCAUCAGCAACCGAACCGAUAAGUCAGAGCAAUCUGAACGAAGGUUAACGAAGGUUGUAAAUAGAAAUUUCGCCCUCCCAUUCUGUCAGCGGAACGCUGGGGACCACGAGUUUCCCAUUUAUGUAUGGAUGUACACUAUACGGGAUUCUUCGUUAUCGACUACGGAAAGUCUGCAGCAGAACCAAUGACCUGGCGCCCCAACGAAGCCUGCCAAGGGCAGAAUAUCGUGCCCAUCGAUG